UAUCCCAAAUAAAAUCAAUAUAAAAAGAUAGGAUGAACAAAAACUGCAGGAGCAAGAACACCAAUUGCAUCAUGUAAUGCAAUGGUAUCCACCAAAUAAUCUCGGUUGCCUUCGAGCUCGAUUACUCCAGGAUUCUCUAUCAAAGCUUUAAUACAUGGAAGCAGCAAAUUGGAUGAAUGGAACUUCUAGCGCUUGAAUUGUCAACCAAGACGCGUUUAAAAGAAGCAGCUGUGGUUUCUCGCCGGAUUGUAGACAGCAUGAUGAAGAGAGGUUAUUAGAAGAAUAAGAGAAGAGACUGCUCUGCUAGAGAAGCGAUAGUCACUGCUGUGAUUUGUAUUUUCUGCACUUUCACUUUAUCUUGGAGUUUCGGAUGGAAAAGCAUUUCUGAAAAAAAAAAAAAAAAAAACCUAACAAAAUGAGGAUGAUCAAUGCUACUAAAAAAGUUAUUUAGUUAUUUUUGAGAUUAUAGGGACUUGUUAAUUAGUUCUGAUAAACUAAAAGGACAAUCAAAAUUAACUCCUUUACAAGCCUGUAACCGCUUUUCAGUUUUCGAAAUUCAGUUAUUUGGAUCAUAUUUGUUUCCAUUCCAGGAAAACAAAAGGGGAGGGAAGAGAUUUACAAAAUGAAGGGACUUGAGAAUAUUUCGCAAAUGGAAGGGAUUGAUGAUGAAGAUGAUCUUGGGAUGGAACCCAUUGCUCUUUCAAGUCCACCACCAGCACAACAGUUUGGACAUGCAUCAAACAGGGACAAUGACACAGAGAAGAGAACUCAAGGUUUACACAACAAAGUGGCUAUGAAGUUGGCUAGGUUUAUGGACACGAUAAGACAGAAUCUUGUGGCAGUCCAGAGGUUUGUUGAGGAUCUGUGGCUACGACAAUAUGGAUGUGCAGGCGAUCCAGACAUAACAAGGGCUUACCAGGUUUGGCCAGGGAAUAAUGUGUUUUUUUUCCAUGGACGACUCAUAUGUGGCCCAGAUCCUAGGGGAUUGCUGUUGACAACUGUUUCAAUAAUACUCUCAAGUUGGGUUUUUGCCAUGUAUAGUGAGGAUGAUUUGCCGCACGAUUCUGGUCUAAUCACAGCUUUUUCCUUGAUGUUAACAGUAACUGUUCUGGUCAACCUGUUUCUGGUUAGUACAAUUGAUCCAGGAAUUAUUCCUAGAAAUGAUGGAUCAUCUAUCGAGGAAACUGCUGGCACGAGCGAUGGAACCAGGAGAAAGAGGGUAACUAUUAAUGGGGUAGAACUCAAACUAAAAUAUUGUCGCAUUUGUAAGUUUUUUAGGCCUCCCAGGAGUUGCCAUUGCGCCAUCUGUGAUAACUGUGUCGAGAAAUUUGAUCACCAUUGCCCGUGGAUCGGCCAAUGCAUUGCACUGAGAAACUAUCGAUUUUACCUAACAUUUAUCAUAUCAGCCUUGAUUUUCUUUGUGUACGUAUUUGCUUUCUCGUGCUGGAGAAUCCACCAAAGAAUGCUCAGAACUGGCACUGGAUUGCUUGGAAUGCUGAAGAACUGUCCUGAAACUCUGGCACUAGUAUCAUUUAGUUCUGCUACUAUCUUGUUCUUAGGCGGCCUUACUAUCUUCCAUGUAUUUCUGCUUGCAAGAAAUCAGACAGGCUAUGAGAAUUUCCGUCAACGCUACAUGGGGUCACAAAAUCCAUUCGACAAAGGGAUUCUGAGUAAUAUCAUGGAGGUUUUGUUUGAACCAUUGCCGCCUUCUAGAGUUGAUUUUCGAGCUGAAGUAAUGAUGCCAAGAGGGUAAUCAAUAUGUCCGAGCAGGAAAUUUAAGAGAAGGAUUCCGUCUAAUUUCUUAAUGCAAGAGCAUGAUUUGCCUUGUCCUUAUUUGUUUUAUUCACAGUCUAAAAAUAACUUGGUUAUGCCAUUAUUGUUGAUUUUUGCUUAUCCAAGAAAUGGUCUCAAUUCCAAUCUCCA